AUGGCACCCAAGAAGAAGCCCAGUGUCGCCGCCCAGCCGUCCUCCUCGAAGGCCCCGCCGCGCGCGACCACCGACGUCGUGGGGGCUAUAGGGACGCCUAGGGAUGUGGACGCUGCAGGGGAUGUGGUCAACGCAGGCGGCGUCGUCACCACCUCCCCUGUGGCCAAAACGGGAGCGGGAGGCACCGGAGAAGGACAACACCAACAACAUCCCGACGGCCACGCUCCACGAGGUACAGGUGGAGAUAUCAUUCCAUCUACACCCCUCCACCCGGCCGAGGGGCACAGCCACAACGGCGACACUCGCUGUGGGGCGAAUCCCAAUCCCCCAGCUGCCCCCACAGCGAGCGCGGCCGCAGGACAUGCACCACCCCCGGAGCGAGCCGACCCAACCAAUGCACCCGACGGAGCCAUUGGUCCACAAGCGCCUCCACUUCGUCACCAUGCCAUCCUGGCGAUUGGCUCACGACGGUGA